AUGAUGGAAAUAUGGUCGUUUCUGGGAAUAUUACUUUUGUAUUCCAUUUUUCGCCUUCUUCACUGGAGUAGUUUGCCGUCAGCUCCGACGCUCUACUGGAAAGAAGGGUCGAAAUUCGUCCAAGAGAUUAUCAACUCAUGUCCAUUUCUAACCGAACCAUACAAGCCGCCGUUAUGGUGGGGAAAGAGUGGCCAUAUACAAACCAUUGUCUAUGCAAAAUUAGGUAGAGUUAGCUCCCCUUUCCCAAAGGGAGAACGUCACUAUAUUGUCCUGUCAGAUGGCGCCACCAUGGUCUAUGAUGUAUUUCAACCACACAGAGCUCAUGAAUCGGGAGGCGACUACACCAUUACUGUGUGUCCAGGAAUUGCGAAUUCCAGCGAGGCAUCUUACAUCUGUACAUUUGUUAACUACGCCCAGGAGAACGGCUACCGUGUCACGGUUCUAAAUCAUCUCGGAGCUAUACGAAGUGUGAAACUUACCAGCUCAAGAAUUUUCACAUAUGGUGGUACCGAAGAGUUCCACACCAUGAUACAGGAAGUUAAACAGUUGUACCCUGGGAGUAACCUUAUUGCCUGUGGGUUUAGCAUGGGUGCUAAUAUUGUCGUCAAAUACCUUGGCGAGAAACCAACAAACCAGCAACAAUUCCUCUGUGCCUUAUCAAUCUGUCAGGGUUACGAUGUCAAUCAUGCCACGUCACUUCUGCUCGACUGGAGGUACUUACGUCGUGUGUAUCUUUAUGUGAUGACGGCCAAUCAGAAAGGCAUGAUGAGUCGACACCAUGACAAGCUGAUGGAUCCAAAACUUCUCAAAAGCCAUAACAUAGACAGAGAAAGAGUUUUCAACUCAACCUCACUCGUUGAAAUUGAUGAGCUGUACACCAGGAGAAGACUUGGCUUUGAAUCUCUAACAGAUUAUUACAGCUGGUGCAGCUGUCAGCCAUUCAUGCAUGACAUUGAAAUUCCUUUGUUUCUACUAAAUGCUGAAGAUGAUCCCAUUGUGCCCAUGACUUUGGUCGAUGUAGCGAAGGACUAUGCUGUAAAACACGACAAGAGUCUGCUAGCUGUGACGAAACAUGGUGGCCAUCUUGGAUACUUUGAGGGGCGUGGUUUGUGGGCUGACCCUAUCACUUGGCUGGAUCGUUCUAUUAUUCAAUACACCAAUGCUAUCAUUGCCUUUCACAUCCGUGGAAAAUUGUGA